CUUUGGCUGCCGCCUCUCUACCGCCUUCUUCUGGCACACGGGAGUUUAGCUUGUGGCUCCGCUGCUUUAACUUAUUGACGUUAACUGUUCACUGAUAAUCGAUUGCGGGUUUAGGAAAAACGAACUCGGAGGUUGUUUGUUUUUUUUCUCUUUUCGCGGCACUGUAUGUGAGCGGAGGACUGAGUGACGCGUCCACAGAGCGCAGUCCCCAUCUGCGGCGUCAAUUCAGUGACAUUGACUCAUCGCUGGUGUUGUGCACAAGUUCAUGUGUGUGCACCAACGCGGUGGCCUCAGCGACAAUGAGCGAAUACUUCAGCCUGUCAGACUGCGAUGUUAUCGGCUUCGACUUGGACCACACGCUCUGCCGCUACCAUCUGAAGGAGACCUCCAGGCUCAUCUAUGAGAGCUUUGCCAGGUACCUGGUGGAGCAUAAAGGCUAUGACAAGGACCUCCUGAACCUGACCCCGGCUACCUGGGAUUUCUGUUUUAAAGGACUAGUGGUGGAUCUGGAGGAUGGAAACCUCGUGAAGCUUGCUGAAGACGGAACUGUCUUGCGAGCGACACAUGGAACCAAUGACCUCAGCGCAGAAGAGAUCAUCAAACAUUAUGGUCCCAAAAGGGAGUGGAAGCACUUCAGCAGCCUCAAUACCUCCUUCACAAGAUCUGCAAAUUACUAUUACUAUGACAACUACUUUGAUCUACCCGGGGCUCUUCUCUGUGGACGAGUUGUGGAUAUGUUGCAUAAGCGAGGAAAUGAGGUGAAUUCGGACUUUUGGAAAGACAUGGUUGCGGCCAUUGAUCACAAUUACAACACAUCUGCAUUCAAAGAGGAUGCGGGGACCUACUUUCCCAGCGUGAAGAGGGACCCGGGCCGGUACCUGCAGCCCUGCUCCGACUCCGUCAAGACCUGGCUGCACAGCAUGAAGAACGCCGGGAAGGUCCUGCUCCUCAUCACCAGCUCUCACAGCGACUACUGCAGGCUCAUCUGUGAACACAUCCUGGGGAAGGAUUUCGAGGAGCUGUUUGACGUCAUCAUCACAAACGCCCUGAAGCCCGGUUUCUUCUCGUUGGUGCCCCAACAGAGGCCCUUCAGGACCCUGGUGAACGACGUGGAGGAGAGAGAGGGGCUCCCUUCGCUGGACAAACCCGGCUGGUAUUCCCAGGGCAACUGGCCGCACCUCCACGAGCUGCUCAAGACCAUGACGGGAAAACCAGAGCCCAAGGUGGUGUAUUUUGGAGACAGCAUGAGGUCGGACAUGUUCCCCGCCAGCAGCUUCGGGAAGUGGGAAACGGUGAUGAUAGUGGAGGAGAUGGAGGGGGAGGGGAUCCCGAAGAGCGACGCGGCAAUGUCUAAUGAGGCCCAAGUGGAGCCUCUGGAGAAAAAGGGAAAGUUUGAGGAGCAGGGCAUGAAGUCACCCUCCGCCGUGUCCAACCAGUGGGGCUCUUACUUUGUCGACGUACAUAGAAGCGGAGGAGGGGACGAGGAGAGCCAGAAACUGACCUGGUGCUCCCACUGCAUUCACAAAUACAGCACCAUGGCCAUCCCUAGUGUUGAGCACAUAGCAGAUCUCCCUCUGGAUUACAAGUUCCCCAGGUUUUCUCCAGACAAGCCCUGCACCACCGGCUACUACCCCAGGCCCCCGGAUUCUUUGCUGAAGAGGUGCGAGAGUCUGUCAUAAAAAAAUUAAAAAAAAAAAAAAAAAGAACGAAAGAAAAAAGGAAAAAGUUUGAAAAAAAAGAAAAAGAAAAAGUUCUCCCAUACCCCUCUGCCUCAGGAGAGGAAUGUGCCUCCAUUUUUUUGCCUGUAGUUUCCCACCUGACCCCCACCGCCAUCUGUGGAGCACAGGAAGCAUACACUCCUCAUCCGUUCAGAGAAACCAUGUGAAUGUAAGCUGCAGUAUCUCUCUGUAAUAACGCCUACAUUUGAACGUCGUUUCGUGGUUUAGUGUACCGUAUACGUGGAAGUACGUAUGUAUGUAUGUAUCUGCAUACAGUAAUAAUAAGAGAUGUAGUGUUAUUGUUUAAUGUGUGAAGCCCCCCUCCGUUAUUUUCAGUAGUUUAACUUUUACAGAAUAAAGUGUACAUUUGACCACCUCUUUUUCCCUAAAGUGAUUACCUCAAGAGUGUUAUCUACUGUAAGCAAAACCCAGAUGGUCACAGUGUGUUUGUCCCUUAAAAAUCCUUUGGAAUCAUUGUGGCAGUAUUUCUGUAUAACACUGUUAUUGUGAAGUCUUACUUUUUUUUUUUUUUUUAAAUAUAGUUUCACUGUAUGCAUUUUAGUAACCUUAAAAUGAGGUUUAAGGUCUGAUGUUUCCACUGUGUCAGUUUCGUGGAAGGUGUUAACCUUCGGGUCAUUGUUGCUAAAGAACUGGCACAACGCCGUCCUUUGUGCUGGCUGUUUCAAAAGACACAACUCUUGGGAAACAAUAAUAAUAAUAAUAAUAAUAAUGGAUUAUAAAGACUAUGCUAGAUGUUCUCUGUAUUAUUUUAAUUUUUUUUGGUGCAACAGUGACAUGUGCUCUUUGAGUGAUUGUGUAAAAAACAAAACAAAACAAAAAAACUUGUGCUUCAUUUAUAUGCAGUACCAGAUUGAGAUAUGCUUUAACCGACUUCUGAAUGGUUAUUUUGUCGGUGUGCAUAGACUAAGUUGUGCCAUAAUAUUUAAGGAACACUCAGUUUGGGGCAAAUCUGUGGAAGUUUGCUUGUUUCUGUCGCGGAAGACUGAUAUCAGGUUCAUCUCAGCGCAUGCUAGAAGUCGUUAGCGUAACUUAGCACCAAGACUGGACAAAACAUACGAAAACUUGUCACUAAUUCAAGAGUCACUUCCAUGAGUUCCCGGGUUCGUUUGGCAACAGAGUUGGGACUGUGUGCAAAGUAAAAGUCUUCAUUCAUCUACUUUGUUGUUAGUAACUGAAAACCAACCAGGUGUGGUCCCAUUCCACUCUGUCUUGGGUCUGCAGGUCCAUAUUUCCUGAGGCCUGAGUGGAUCCAAGCAAACUUGCUAUGUGCGAUAAUUCUUCGGUCGGUUCUUGGUUUAGUUCAGAUCAAAUUUACCCACAUCGAGUUUGGAUUUGAAGGUUAGAUAUUCAACGCUUCUGUUUCAAAGGACAUUUUCAUUAAGAUUCUGGUAUAAACCUGACACAGCCACAAUGAUAACCAACAAAUACUUAUUUUGAAUAAUUUGAACAAAGCCAGCAAACGGCUUUAUCGUGGUCCAUGACUUUUCGAACUAGUGGCAAAAUCUGUAAAUCUUCAAUGUUACUUCUCAGGUGGUUUGGUGUCAACUGUUCAGCACGGUUAGCAAGUUUUACUUUAACAAGCUUCAACGUGCAAAUAAAACCCGAUGGAGUUUUUUGAAAGUACUUAGUAACAGAGCCAGACCAGCUUUUUUUGGCUAGCUGCUAGCUAGCCAAUCUUUGUGCUAAGCUAGGCUAGGCGUCCCAGACCUGUCUCUAUGCCAAGCGCACAGAGAUGACACUGGUUUCAGUCUUCUCAUUUGGUUUUAGGUAAAUCGUUAAACAAGAGGAUUUCCCAAAUGUCGAAGUGUUCCUUUAAGAUGACCAUCAUCUCACAAUUGAAGAGGGAAUAUUUUGACAAUAAGCAGCGCACAGCUGUCAGCGUGUAUGUGAGAUUGGUCAUCCAAAGUGAAUUAUUACUUGUGCUGUGUGUGCAAGUGUUUUAUGCAUACAGCUGUGGUGAUUGUACUUUUCUUUUCUCAUCUGACCUGGAAAAUUUGACAUGCACAUUUGCCUUAUGUUGGAUUAAUUUGUGGUCUUAUGUCCUUGAAAACACAGGGAAAGUUAAAUUCUGUGUUCAAGUGUUGAAGUACUGUCAAUUAAAUAAAAUGUUCUACAAUUUUCUUACAUAAAG